GAACUUCAACUACGGGCGGGCCGGGCAGUAUCUUGGGUCGGACCUGCUCAACGACCCGGCCACCGUGCAGAAGAACGCGACGGUUGCCUUCAUGACGGCAAUGUGGUUCUGGAUGACGACGCAGCCGCCGAGGCCGUCGUGCCACGACGUGAUCACCGGGCAAUGGGUCCCAUCGAGCAACGAUACGGCGGCAGGCCGGCUGCCGGGCUUCGGGGUCAUCACUAAUAUCGUCAAUAGAGGGGAGUGCGGCCACGGCUACGACGGUAGAGUUGCCGGCAGAAUUGGUUUCUAUAGCCGGUAUUGUCAGAUAUUGGGCACAGAUACGGGCGAUAACUUGGACUGCUAUAAUCAACAACCUUUUGAUUGGGAGGACCCGAGCCCAACCCAACCCAUUUGA